CCCUAGGGUUUAAGCCAGAGCCGUUCCUUACCGUACUCACAGUAGCAAACAACGCGGUAAAACCUCUGGAUAGAAGCUCCAAUGGCGUCAGUGUGCAGAUCCGCUGCGAUCAUCAGCAGAAAGUCUGUUUGCACUCGGCCUAACUCACUCAUCCAAACCCUAAUUCCAAAGCCCACAAUCGCAUCCGCUUUCUCCUCUUCGACCACUCGAUCCCCUCUUUGUUCAUCAAGGUUUGCCUCAGUGUUGGUAAGCCUUGUGACGAUGCUGCCGCUCCAUAGUACGAUUGCAGCUGCUCGAUUGAAGUCGAAUAUCGCCAUGGAUACCAGCUACUGGAGUUUGCUUUCUCAAGAUUUUGCAGUUCCUCGGUGAAAAGUGAGUGAGGUCAACCUUGCAUCUAUCAAUCUCGGUUUAUCUUCUCCAUCUUUAUUUAAUUCUUCUUGUACUAAUGGCUCUUCAUUUUCAUGGCCUUUACCUGGUAUGAAAUCAUUACAUGAUUCAUUAAAUCAAGUAAUUAAAGCAAAAAUUUGUUUAUUACUACAGAUUUUUCACAUGGAUAAUCGUUGAAUGUAUUGUAUUUGCUCAUACUCCGGUGUUCUUGAUUUCUCGAUUAUGUUGUGCUCUAUAUCGAAUCAUAUCAUAUUAUAGAAUGAUUCUUUUGUUUCCCUUGUUAUGAUUCUUGUUGAAAAUUAAUCAUUUUUUAA